GGUGCUCUCAACUGUCUCGGUGGCCUCAAAUUUGUCAUCACUGGAGUUUUGGAAUCACUUGAGCGCGAGGAUGUACAAGAGCUGGUCAAAGACCACGGCGGAGUGAUCCAGAAGAGCGUUUCUAAGCGCGUCGACUACGUGGUCGCUGGUGAUGAACCAGGACCCUCAAAAAUGUCCAAGGCCCGAGAUCUCAAGCUCAAGGUCCUCGAUGAAGAUGGCCUUUUCGAGCUCAUCCGCACCCGCCCGGCCCAGGCGUUUGGUUUGUUGCCUUGCACACCUUGCACCCGAACCAGCCUCAUCGCCCCUCAUGAGUGGCCGGGCCUGAUUACAUUCAUCUCGCCAACAACUCUAUUCUGGCACACAGAAGAACCUAAAAGCGCUGCUAAAAAGGCUUCACCGGCCAAGAAAGUCACCGGAUCCAAGGCCGCGCCGACAAAGCCCGUCAGCUCUGGUGCGUCAUCCUGGCGACCGUGGUUUCAGGCCGUUCUCAUGGUCGGGCCUCCCGGUGUGGGCAAAACAACUACUGCCACGGUGGUCUGCCGUGAAUGCGGCUACGAGCCUAUCGAGCUGAACGCCAGUGAUGUCCGCAAUCGCGGUCUUUUGCACGAGAAGAUUGGUGCGUUGACGGGUAACAAGACCAUGACCCAGUUCUAUCAACAAGGGCAGCAAGCCGUCGUGAAAAAAACGGCACUCAUUUUUGAUGAAGUGGAUGGCAUGGCCGGCAAUGAGGAUCGUGGGGGCGUUGGUGAGAUCAUCAAGCUCAUCAACACCACCAAAAUGCCCAUCAUUUGCAUCGCCAACGACAUUCCGCGCAAGCUCAUGACGCUCAAGGGCAAAUGCUAUAACCUACGCUUCUCACGGCCCCGCGCACAGCAGGUCGUGGGUGCCAUGAUGACCGUGGCUCAUCGCGAGGGCCUCAAAGUCAAUCCCAUCAUUGUCCAACAAAUGGUCGAAGCGGCCGAUGGUGACAUGCGCCAAGUCUUGAACAACAUGUAUCUCUUUAGUCGUGACGACCCUGACCUCGUGGCCCAGGCCGACAAGGUCAAGGCGAAUGCCAAGGCGGCGCAUAAGAACAUUGCGCAAAACACCUUUGAUGUUAUUCACAAAUUCUUCAAGGGUCGCGAGCGGCCCAAUAUUUACGAGCUCACCGAUGCCUUUUUCGUGGACUACAGCAUCAUGCCUCUCUUUGUGCAGGAAAACUAUCUGAAGCAUAAGGAUUCGGAUGUUUCGACGGUCGAGCACCUGACACGUUUGAGCCAAGCCGCAGACGCCAUCUCCGAGUCUGACUUGCUCUCCACCGUGAUGAUGUCCCAGAGCAACUACAAAGCGCUCCCAGUCCUGGCCGUACAAUCGUGCAUUCGGCCCGGCUACCUGUCUCGCGGCUCUUUUCAAGGCGAAUUUCGCCCCCCGUAUGGUGGUGGCCAAUACACAUUUCCCUCGUGGUUGGGCAAGUACUCGAGUCAGUCCAAGUUCAAGCGUUACACGAGUGAGCUGCAGCAGCACAUGCGGAUGGCCAUCAGCGCUGACAGUCGAGACGUCCGGUUGGCCUAUGUUCCAUACCUCCGGCAGCGUCUCAACAAACCUCUGGCCGACGCGAGUAGGUUGUGCCUUGCUAUCACUCUGUCUUUUGUGUUCAACACCUCUCAUGCAUGGCUGUCACCGUGA